GGUUACUUAAAGGCUGACUGACACACAGUGACCCACACUUCAUGAUGCUCCCAUGUGUGAAAGAAGCAGAAAAGAUGGAUGACAUAGAUGCCAUGUUCAGUCACCUGCUCGGAGAAAUGGAUCAUCUCUCUCAGAGCCUAGUGCCUACAGCGGACUCACCAGAAGUGGAUGCUGCCUCACACAGAGAGCACUCCUUCUCUAUUGGCUUCACAGACCUGAAUGAGUCUCUUAAUGAGCUGGAGGAACAAGACCUGGACACUCUGGUGGCGGACCUGGAAUCAAAAAUAACUCAGCAAGACCCUUCCACUUGUCAACAGAACAGUGGCCUCACAGACAAUCACAUUGCUCCGCCUGCUAUGACCCAGGGAUUUGAGGCAACAGCUGCUUUUCCUCAACCACCAAACACUGUACAAUCUGGAAGUGAACCACAAUCAAAGGCAGACAAAAUUAAAUUGGCCCUAGAGAAGCUCAAAGAAGCUAAAGUGAGGAAGUUGAUAGUGAAGGUGUGGAUGAGUGAUGGCAGCUCCAAGACUCUGAUGGUGGAUGAGAGACAGGUGGUGCGAGAUGUUUUGGACAAACUGUUUGAGAAGACGCACUGUGACUGCAGCAUCAACUGGAGCCUGUGUGAGACCAAUCCUGAGUUACAGAUUGAAAGAGGUUUUGAGGACCAUGAAUGCUUAGUGGAGGUGCUGUCUGCAUGGACUCGCCACAGUGAAAACAAAAUCUACUUUGUGUCAAAACCUCAGAAGUAUGUGAUGUUCACAGACCCACAAUUAUUUUACAUGUGGAAGAAGAAGAACGCAUGCUUGAUUGGGCUUAAUGAGCAAGCCAAACAACUUUUACUGAAAGAGAAUUUUGGGGGCUCUGCUCUGAUUGUUCCUGAUCUUGAAGGCAUGCUGUACCUAAAGGAAGAUGGAAAAAAGGUUUGGAAACCUCGCUACUUCAUGCUCAGGGCCUCAGGCAUCUACUAUGUUCCCAAAGGAAAGACCAAAUCGUCCACUGAUCUGGCCUGUUUUGUCCAUUUUGAAAAAGUCAACAUCUACACCAGCAACAACUACAGACAGAAAUACAAAGCUCCAACCAACUUCUGCUUUGUGCUAAAGCAUCCGUGCAUCCAGAAAGAGUCACACUGCAUCAAGUUCCUGUGCUGUGACGAUGAGCGUAUGCUGCUGCUGUGGCUCAACUCUAUCAGAAUAGCCAAGUAUGGGACUGCCCUGUAUAAGAACUACCAGGCUGCAAUAAAGAGAGUGAACACACUGCAGACCCUCCACUGUGCUGUAAACAAAGAGAGCUUCAACUGUCUUGUCUCUCAGGUCAGCCCACUGCCAGAUCCAUCUCCACCCAAACCCACAAAUGUUGACAACUACCCAUAUGAGCCACCACCUGAUUUCAUCCCUCCUCCUCCUCCUGGAUACACAAACGUUUGAGAUCACAGGUCACAGCUAGUUGGAAUUUAGCCAAUUUAUCCCCGUGUCGAUGUACCUGGAAAAAUGAGCUGGAGCCAGUAUG